AUGAGGCAAAUUUUUGUUGAACCUAAGUAUUCGCAAAAGUGCAUAAAGAUACAAGGAAAUGGCAGGAAAUACACAAAGGACGGUGGUGCAACAUAUUGUGGAGGUUCUAUCCCGACUAUUGAGCACCAAAGAAGAUUGACAGAGGAACUUGGAAGGCCCGCAACCAUUUAUGAGACAUUUGAAAAGACAUUUAAAAAGAAAGAUGGAACAUGGAGUGGAAAAAGGAUAGUAGAAGUUGUGAAUUCUUUCACUCAACUCAAUCAAACUCAGGAAUCUAUGGAUAUGAAUGAGAAAAAAUCGGAAAUGGAGUUGUGGAUGGAGGCAGCGGGGAAAUCCAAGAGUGAUUGUGUAUUUGGAAUAGGAUACAUGGGUAGGAAACAAGUAUUUCAGAAUGGUCAAAUCAGUACACAACUAAGUUUGGAGGUAAAUACCCUCAAAGAAACGGUAAGUGCUUUGCAAAUGCAAAAUUCAGAGAAAGAUAAAGAGAAUGCAAUUCAUAAAGAAGAAUAUACACAACAACAAGAGAGAAUUAAACUGUUAGAAUCCAGUCAAGUUGAAUUGGUUCAGGACAAAGUUCAUCUUCAAAAUGACGUAAAGUCUUUAGAUGAAAAAAAUGGAUGA